UUGAUAAUCUUGACGACAAUAACGUUUCGGGACUUGCUCCAGAUGAUACUUUGCAUAACCUGCACUUUUUUGAUCAUCGGUCUAUUCGAUUCAUUUACAACCCUAUAUUAGGACAAUUCACACAGAAUAACCUUUGGAAAGAUCCAGCAUGGGUAUCCGUUGAAUUUUUGAAAAAAGGAAUUAAUCGUGAAACUCAUAAUGAGCGUGAAAUUAUCUUUGGCCAGAAUUUGAUUGAUAUUAAAGAAAAGUCUACGGUCCAACUUUUAAUUGAAGAGACUAUGAAGAGACUUCGUGAAAUGUCAAAAUUUGUUUGUAAUGUACGAAUAUUCCGUAAUAAUCUCUGGAGAUACGUCUCAUCGGAAGAUUUAGUGCCUGGAGAUGUGUUUGAAGUAUCUGACAGAUAUUUACAUAUUUUUCCUUGUGAUGCCGUUUUAUUGUCAGGCGAUUGCAUUGUAAAUGAAAGCAUGCUUACCGGAGAAUCUAUUCCUGUGUCUAAAUUGCCUAUCGAAGAUACAUCACUGCAUUCUUUGGAUUUAACUACUACCAACGUUCGACCGGAAGUUUCCAAACAUUUUUUAUUUUCUGGAACGAAAAUCGUACGAGUGCGUAAAGUCAAGAAUGGCAUUAUAACAUCUAGUGCAGAUGUUGGUAACAUAUCUGAUGAUGACGGAGCUUUAGCAAUGGUCGUACGUACAGGCAAAUUGGGGGUAAAUUCCGUUAUAAUAAUUGUGCGUGCAUUGGACUUAAUUACCAUUGUUGUUCCUCCUGCAUUACCCGCAACAAUGAGUAUUGGUACAAAUUUUGCUAUUGGGAGAUUAAAAAAAGAAGGAAUAUUUUGUAUUAGCCCAACAAGAGUUAAUGUUGGAGGAAAAUUGAAUGCCAUGUGCUUUGAUAAAACAGGCACGCUCACAGAAGAUGGACUAGACGUUCUAGGGGUUCGUUUUGUCAACCAAACGUCACACAGGUUCACGGAACUUCAUACUACAGCCGACACUCUCUCUAAAAGCGAUAAUGACAUGACUAUUAAUUCUAUUCCACCAAUUUUAUGUGCUAUGACUACAUGCCAUUCCCUCAAAUCAGUCAAUGGUGAGCUAAUUGGUGAUCCACUUGAUUUGAAAAUGUUUGAUUUCACGAAAUGGAUACUUGAAGAAAGUGGACAGGGUGUUUCAUCCAAUACAUUAGGAUUGUCUGGUUCAACAUCCUCCGGGAGACCAAAUAGUCCAACUAAUGGAAAUGGUGGCAUAGUACCAACAGUGGUUAGACCGCCUAAUAGUCGACAAUUUGAUUUGGCAGAAGUACUCAAUGUUGAUGGAAAAAAUGGCGAUGGGAAGUCUGGAUCGUUUAUAGAACUUGGAAUAAUUCGAACAUUCGAAUUUGUUUCAUCAUUACGACGUAUGAGCGUGCUAGUAAAGCGCUUGAGAAAUCAAACUAUUGAAGUUUAUGUUAAAGGAGCGCCGGAAGUAAUGCGCGAUAUUUGUAGAGCUGAUUCCUUUCCAGAGGAUUACGAUCAAUUAUUACAUUAUUACACACAUAAUGGCUUUCGUGUGAUUGCAUGCGCUUCUAAGAGUUUUUCUGAUCUCAGUUGGAUGAAAGCUCAGAAGAUCAAAAGGGAACAUGUAGAACAAGAUUUAGAAUUUAUAGGUAUUAUAAUAUUCGAGAACAAAUUGAAGCCUGGUACAGCCUCAAUAGUUGAAACUCUCAAAAGAGCUAAAAUAAGACAGAUAAUGUGUACCGGUGAUAAUGUUUUGACCGCAAUAAGUGUUUCUCGUGAAUGUGGAUUGGUUAAUAAAGCCUCAAAAGUUUAUGUACCGAGGUUUGUUCAAGGAUCUUCUUUAAGCUCACGAUCUUCCAUUUUAUGGGAGAGUUUGGAUAACCCAAAGGAUUCAUUGGAUUCAACAACGUUAAAGCAGAUUAUCUCUACAUCACAUGAUUUUCCUAGCGAAUAUCCAUUUGUUGGUCCUUAUGAAUAUGACCUUGCUGUAACUGGCGAUGUCUUCCGUUGGAUUGUAGAUUAUGGAGAUGAAAUGACAUUGUCUAGGAUGCUUGUCAAGGGCCAAAUUUUUGCUCGUAUGUCACCAGACGAGAAACAUGAAUUAGUAGAGAAACUACAGGAAAUAGGAUAUUGUGUUGGUUUCUGUGGUGAUGGUGCCAAUGAUUGUGGGGCCCUUAAAGCAGCGGAUGUUGGGUUGUCACUUUCUGAUGCUGAAGCAUCCGUGGCAGCUCCAUUUACUAGUCGUAAUAUGGAUAUAGGCUGUGUUAUAGACGUUAUAAAAGAAGGUCGAGCAGCCUUAGUCACAAGCUUCAGUUGUUUCAAAUAUAUGGCUCUGUAUAGCAUAAUUCAAUUUACAACAGUCAGUAUAUUGUAUUAUUAUGGAUCCAAUUUAGGAAAUCUUCAGUUUGGUCUCCAAGAAGGUGCUAAUAUCAGUGAUUGGGCAAAUUAUAAUCCAGUCAGGAAUUCAAUUCUUAGUUCUCGUAAUUAUACACCAGCAGCCAUGUACGUUAUUAUCGCAGCGGUGUUUAGUGUUGGACCUCCAUAUAGAAAACCGAUGAUCACGAAUGUUCCAUUUAUUAUCACAACGACGUUUUUUGCUCUCUUCACGGCAGUAAUCCUUAUAUCUUCCUCCAAAACUGUUCUAGACCUACUAGAACUUGAGAACAUUGAUUACGUAUUUCGAUGGUAUCUAUUGGCUAUUGUAGUAGCUGAUUUUCUUAUAUCACUAUUUAUGGAAAAAUACGUCUUUGAUGUUGUCGCACAAUGGAUAGGUUUUGUAAUAGAUGGCGGUACUAAACCAGGCAAAAAAAUAUUUAAAAAAAUAUUAACAGAAAUGGACUCUAAAGAUCUGUAA